UUUUAACCAGAAGCGACCGUAGCCUUAUGCUUUUCCUUCUCUGAAAAUUCAGUUUCUAUUUCUCCGCUCGUUGUUUAUAUAUUUAUAUCUCUACUUUUCUCCUCCUUCUGUUCUUCAAUCUUCACCUGUUAUUUCUUUUUCUUUUAUAAUUUUUUUCCAGUUUAUUUUUAUCUUGUUCUUUUCCUGUUUGAUUUUUGCUUCUUGCAGGUCUUCAAAGAUAUUGACAAAGGAAAAAAAGGAAAACCCAAAUGGGAAAAUCCUCUUCUAGUAAAAAGAAACGAUCAAAAUAUCCAUCUCGGGGUCGCACAAAGAAGAGAAGUAAGACCAAAAGUAGAUCAAAAAAGCUCAGGCGCCGUAGUUAUUCAGUUGGUUAUUCUAGCGACAAUUCAAGAAGUUCAUUAUCUGUUUCCUCCAGUUCUGAGGAUAAUAACAGAAGUAGAAGGUCUCGAUCUCACACUCAUAAGGAUGUUAAGGGGACUAAAAGAAGGGCUUGUUCACCCUCCUCUAGCAGUGAGGAGUCUCAUCGCGUGAGAAAGCAAAAAGGGUCAAGGAGGAAUGAUGAUUACGAAGUGAGGAAGAAAAGUCUUAGGAAAAAGAGAAGGAAGAAGGCUCUGAAAGAUGCAAGUAUCAGUCCUAGGAGUAGUGGGUCAUUGAGUUGUUCAACUUGUUGGAGUUCAAGUAGCAGUAGUGAUGAGAGUGAACAUGAAGGUCACAGGGGCAGGUCUCAAAGAAGAGAUAACAAUGUAAGAAAAAUGAAGAAUGUUAAAGUUGGAACUAAGAAGAGGAGAUAUAGGUCAAGAAGUUGUUCUUCUUGUAGUAGACAGAACGGAAGUAGGGAUUGCCGGAGUGAGGAGAAAAUAAGUAAUGGGAACAUUUCAAAGCGACUGAAAUCAAUUAUUACUCUUAAGGAGGAGGAUAAAGAGACAACAGAAUUGGAUAGGGAUGAGCAUAAAGAAGAGAUGAUAUAUGAUCAUGAUGAUUACCCAUCUAGCAGAAGCAAUGAUAGUAAUGAAGGGGGAAAUAAGAAUGUGUCAGCUCAUCGAUCACAUGUUUCAUUUGACAAGGAAAGGUCUAUAGAGAUUGAGAAAAGAGAAGAUGCUUUUAUUUGUGACACUAAAACCACCAAAGCCUCAGACAGUUGCAAGGACAGGGAUGAAAAAUAUAGGAGAAGUGAAACUGCUUGUGAUGGGGUUGGGACAAAUUGUGUUAUAGAGGAAAAGAAUAAUGAGAUAUCUGAGGCUGCCGGUGAUGUGAAUGAUGAUCAUUUGGAGUCCAUUUUACGACAAAAAGCUUUGGAAAAUCUGAGAAGGUUCCGUGGAGGAUUUCAGACAAAUGCAAAAUAUGCUAUUAAUGACAAAGAUCCAAAUGAUGGCACUUUGAAGUCAUCAUCCAUCACGAGGGCUGAAUUGAGACAAACGGAGUCCUCCAAGGAUGAUGGUGCUCAAGGAGUAAAUGGAAAUACUGCCCAUUCUUGGCAAAAAAGCAAAAAGCUUCUUGAUGGAAAGAAUAGUGGCAAUGGGUCUUUUUCUGCUAAGAACGUUGAUCAGCUACCCAACCAAAUUGCUGUUUCUGACAGGGAAAAGGUUAAUCUGACUCUUGUCUCUGGUAUCAACAAACCAAGGUUGGUUACGUCAGCGUUGAAGCAAGCAUUAUCAAAUUCUGCAGCCACUCAGAUGGAAUUGCCUGCUUCACAUGUAUCUGUUAAGGCAAAACUUGUGACUGAGAAUAGUGUGGACGAGCAUAAGGCAAUCUCUCUAAGUAGCGAUAGCAAUGGUGAAAAACUUAACAAUACUUCUGGUUCUGUUUCUACUGAUUUUUCAUCAAGGGCCUCUGCGGGAGGAAAUGGUAGCAUGGAUGGAUUGGACGAUGAAGGUAAGGAGGGUUCAAAUUUUGAAAAGGACACCCCAAGGACAGUAUGCUCCAUGGCACCGCUGAUCAGCAAUACUGAUGGUGACAUAGCUACUGAUGCCUCUGCUUCUACUUGUUCUGUGCCUUCUUCUAGACUCACAUCAGUGGGAAGAGAUUUGAGCUUGAAUAAAGAGCAUGAUGACGGUAAGGAGAGUUCACAACUGGAACAGAAGACAAUGUCUGUGAUGCGGGGCGGGGAAAUAGUGCAGGUGAGCUACAAGGUCUAUAUCCCUAAAAAGGCACCAGCUUUGGCUAGGAGGCAACUCAAGCGGUGAUGUUUAUGGUGAUAUAUGGAAGAUAAACUUUAUUUGCGUUUUUUAAAGAACUACAUAAUACCUAACAUAAGAAAUGGGAUAUGAAUUUCGAUGGAAAUGCUUUGGGAGUUUCAUUUCAUACAGCACCUGCACUAGUUAAAGGUGAAAUGACAUCGAAAUGAUUUGUUCCCGUGGCGCAUUAACUUUAUAAAUUGUUAUAUUUUGUGUAGAGGACCUCUCCAUAGCUACAAAAACCAAUUAAGACGAUCUUGUUUCCAUUUUACCUAUAAUAGCAGUACGGAACGUUAUGCAA